AUUUAGCCUACCUGGAGGAUUGCUAUGGCAACAGGUUGCCAGUAGCGACGGGGUACCACCACAUCCCCGCCUGUGUGUCUGCGGGGAUGCGCGGCGCGUCAGGAGGAGAGGGAAGAGAAAAAAAACACAAGCGGAGCAGCAGAGGGUGAGGUCUGCCCGGCUCAGUCAGCAAAAACAGAAAUAAAUAUAAGUGCGAGGCUUCUUGUUUUAGUCUGUGAGGAAGUGAGGAGCCCUGCGGGUCUGCGAGCACGUUCGCUGUUGUUGUUUCGGUGGAAGACUGUGAAAGCAGAAACGUCGGAUCUCGCAGGAUGGAGAGCUGCCGCUGACGGAGGUUCCCGAGCUCCCCUGAUAACAACAGAUUCUCCUGAAUUCACCCAAAGUCUGAUCCACUGAGCCCAUCUUACCCUCCAAAAUCUUUAAACAACCGACAAAGAGCUGGAGCCGAGACGAUCAAGCAUGGAUGUGCCCAGGAUGGCUGAAGGCCUCUUCAGCAGCACGCUGUCCUCGUCAGGCGGCGGCCAUCACGUGUCUUCGUACCUGACACUGGAGCAGAAGGCUGCCUUCGUCUUCGUGCUGCUGCUCUUCAUCUUCCUGGCUCUGCUCAUCGUGCGCUGUUUCCGCAUUCUGCUGGACCCGUACCGCAGCAUGCCCUCGUCCAACUGGACAGACCACACCGAGAAGGACACGUUCGAUUACCGUAUCGUCUGAGGAGCCCGGAGAAUGCAGUACAUUUGGACAAAUUAGAAAAAAAUAAAAUAAAAGACAAAUGACUGCUGAUUCACCAGGACAGCUAUCACCUGAAAGUUUGGCUGAAAAGAUGUCCGAUGGUGGAUUGACAGUCGUAAUGAGCGCUAACCGCUUCAACAGCUUCUCCCUGCCAAAUCUGAAAAUUCUCAACUGUAACAAAACAACCAGAACUAUGCUGCGAAUAUUAUUCACCAAACCCUCAGUCCAAGCGGUCAUAGCUUCGUGUCCCCUGCAUCAGUUCUCCUGUGCACUACCUCGCUCCUCCUCCAUCUCGUGUGUGGAAGGCUUAGCGUUUCCUCACACAGGGUCGAAUAUCUUCUGAGGUCCAAGCCAGUUGAAUAGUAACAGUGUUUACAUCUUAUCAUGUUUACGUCCAUUAGAUUUUUAUUGAUAAUGUAGACAAUCAGUGUUUAAAAUAGUUGGCGAAAAAGCUAAUAGUUGAGAUUGUUGCGGUCUUUUGUUUUAGCGUAUUUUGUCUUGAUUUGUGGACGGACACGAGUCCUGAAGACUUCGUAUGACUGAUAUUAUUCAGGCGAAGAGGAAGUUAUUGCCUUAUGUCUUUGUAAGAUGUUCUGUGUUACCUUCUAGACUGUUCGGUGAGAUCGGUAUCAACGUCUUAAGCAGGUUUAGCUAAUCGCAGAGGAGGAAACUGUGAGUUAAAGUUCUCCCUUUAAUGUUUCGGAAAGGUUCGGACAGAUCGGUGUUCUGUGUGUGCGAUAAAAAUAAAUUUGUCCUUUCAGUCCUGGAGGGCCCUUUGGUGUCCACGUCUUUUAUAUGUCAGCAACCAAAAGAGGUAAUGAAGAAGAAAACGUUUACUGUGCUGUACCGUGUGCCUAAUUUGAAAAAAAAGAUUGAUGUUUUAGGAAAAAGAAAGAAAAUGGGUUGACGUGAUUGUCUUUAAAUGUAGUUCUUUUUGUGUAGUGCCCAUUUCAAGACACUUAAACAGCAUUUGACUGCCUGGAGUUGGUAUAUUGACAGUUGGUAUGCCAGAUCUGCAGAGUGUUGAUGAUGACGAUGACACAUUUUCACAUCAAACCCUUUACGAACUGGCUCUUUCGUUCGGCAAUUUUUCAGCUGUGCGCCUUAUAGUGUAGAUUGUUUACAGUAUCAUAGGUGGCGGAGACGCUGGAAAUCAGCCAAUCACUGAUGCGACUGCGUCUUUGCACUUCACGGAGAUGUCAUACAACCCGCUAAAAAGAAGAAAAAAAAACCCGUUCCCUGCUCUUGUUCCUGGCGGGACAGGAAGUGGACUCUGACCCUUUCGACGGCGUGUGAUGUUCUUGUGAUCUGCUGUGGCCUUUUCCUACCUAUCGCAGAUGUUGUGCUGAGGUGAUGUGUCCCCCCCCUCCCCGCCCGCAUGUAUUUCUUGCAGAGUAUCCUCUCCGUGCAUGAUAAAUGGUGAAGUGCUUUAAUCCUGAUGUUGUAGCUGUGGGUCAGUUUCUCAAGCAGCUAUUUCCCGUCUGUACUGGAGCCUUUUGUUUCAAUCUGUUUUUUGCCAGGAGACACUGUUUUCUUUUUUCUAAUAAAACUGAUCAGAGUUCACGA